CAAAACUGCCUCAGUUCAGAGGUAGUGCUGAUAAAGUUAUCGGAGAAGCUCUGAUGCUGUGAUUUUUUUUUUGGUUUACCCGAGUUAAAUACUUUUCUCAUAUUUUACAGCUUUAGCAGCGACUCCGGAAGCGACAGCUGCUGUUUCUACACGACGCAUUUUUUUUUUAAAAGAGAGGAGCUUGAAAUAAUCUACACAGUCCACUGUCGAGUUGGCAAAGAUGUUCCAGAUAAAGAGGAUCUGCUGCAUCGGAGCUGGGUAUGUCGGAGGCCCAACGUGUAGUGUGAUCGCCCACAUGUGUCCAGAGAUCACCGUGACCGUUGUGGAUGUCAACGAGUCGCGCAUCAAAGCCUGGAACUCCGACACCCUGCCCAUAUACGAGCCGGGACUGAAAGAGGUGGUUGAAUCAUGCCGAGGGAGGAAUUUGUUUUUCUCCACAGACAUAGACUCAGCCAUCAGGGAUGCAGACCUCGUCUUUAUCUCUGUAAACACACCCACAAAGACCUACGGGAUGGGGAAGGGUCGUGCAGCCGAUCUUAAGUUCAUUGAGGCGUGCGCUCGGCGGAUCGUGGAGGUGUCUGACGGCUAUAAGAUCGUGACGGAGAAGAGCACAGUCCCCGUCCGGGCUGCAGAGAGUAUCAGACGGAUAUUUGACGCCAACACUAAACCCAGCCUCAACCUACAGGUGCUCUCCAACCCGGAGUUCCUUGCAGAAGGAACAGCGGUGCGCGACCUGAAGGAGCCGGACCGCGUCCUGAUCGGUGGAGACGAAACGGCGGAAGGUCAGAGGGCGAUCAGGGCGCUGUGUGCCGUCUAUGAGCACUGGGUCCCAAAAGCACGGAUCAUCACCACCAACACAUGGUCCUCAGAGCUGUCCAAACUGGCAGCCAAUGCAUUUCUGGCCCAGCGUAUCAGCAGCAUCAACAGCAUCAGCGCUCUGUGCGAGGCCACCGGCGCCGACGUGGAGGAGGUCGCUAAGGCCAUCGGUAUGGACCAGAGAAUAGGCAGCAAGUUUCUCAAGGCCAGCGUGGGUUUUGGUGGAAGCUGUUUCCAGAAGGACGUGCUGAACUUGGUGUACCUGUGUGAGGCCCUCAACCUGCCUGAGGUAGCCUCUUACUGGCAGCAGGUGAUAGACAUGAAUGAGUACCAGCGGCGGCGGUUCGCCUGCAGGAUUAUCGACUGCCUCUUCAACACGGUCACUGGUAAAAAGAUCGCUCUGCUGGGCUUCUCCUUCAAAAAAGACACGGGUGACACAAGGGAGUCGUCCAGUAUCUACAUCUCCAAGUAUCUGAUGGAUGAAGGCGCCAAGCUGUUUAUCUACGACCCCAAAGUGCUUAAAGAACAAAUCAUUCACGACCUCUCCCAGCCCAACAUCUCAGAGGACAACCCAGAAAGAGUGUCUGAGCUGGUUACUGUGACCACUGACCCUUAUGAGGCCUGCCAGGGAGCGCAUGCUUUGGUCAUCUGCACCGAGUGGGACAUGUUUAAGGAGCUGGACUAUGAGAAGAUUUACAAGAAGAUGCUGAAGCCGGCCUUCCUAUUCGAUGGUCGCAGGGUGCUGGAUCACCUCCACGCUGACCUGCAGAACAUCGGCUUCCAGAUCGAGACCAUCGGUAAGAAAGUGACGAUAACAAGAAUCCCCUACACUCCGGCUGGCGUUGGUCCUCGCAACGCUGUCAUCGAACCUCCCCCCAAGAAAGCCAAAGUCUAAACAUCUUCUUCUGUCCAACUCACAUGACAAGCUACACAUUCCUCUCCCCCACCUUUUUUUUUUUUUUUGGUUUGUUUUUUAUCGCUGGUGAACUAUUUCAUUCAGGCCUGACCGCUCUGCUGUUCGGUUCUCGCCUUAUUGUGGAGACAGGUUGACCAGACGCUCCCUGCAGGGGGUCGGGGGGGAGAGGACGAUGUGAGCCGUCAGAUCAAAAUAAGCGUGAAUGUGAAUCUUUGAAUGAACUUUUCAACAAAUAGGAACAAAUCAUUUUAUACAUUUGAUGUCUGUAGCAUUUCAAGUGCAGGUUUACAUAAACGCUGUGUUUUAGUCCAUUAUUAAUGUGAGUCUACUCUCCAUCAGUACGUCCUGUAUAAUCAAGUAUUAUUACUAAAUUUUAUACUAUUUUAAAAUAUUUUUAUAAAUCAUAUUACUGUAUGUUAAUCAGUAUGUCAUCUGUAUUAAUGGCCGUUUACUUAAAAUGCCAAUGCAAUAAAAGAUGUAUUUUAAUGUG